AUGCCGAAUAUAGAAGCAGCAGCUAACUUCCUGGACACACUUAACAAGGCACAUUCCUCCGUAAAAUUCACGAUGGAAACCAUAUGCAAUGGCAUGCUCCCAUUUCUGGGCAUCCAGUUACUGAAUCGAUCACCUCAAAUACAGAAAAAGGAGUACGUAAAACCCCUGAAUUCAAGUCUGCUUUUACACUAGCAGAGUCAUGUGGACAAUUGGUACAACCCCAAACAGGCUUUGCUGAGAACAAUGCUGGACUGAGCAUAUCAUUUAUCUUCUUGUUGCUCACAUUUCUCAGACGAAUGUAACUGAUUGAAGACAGCAUUCUCGCAUUUGAAGUACCCCAAACACCUCGUCAACUCUACCAUCAAAAGUUCAGUUGACUCAUAUGUUUGUGACCGGCAGCGACCUUUAUCACCAGCUAAAGAGACAGAAGACACGGUUUGAGUGGUUUUACCAUUUUAAGACCAAAUCACCACAGAUAUUGUGAAAGAACAACUCAAGGAAACACCACCGUCCAGCCUGUCUUUGCCAGCCGGAAAGUUAAACAUGAACUAAAUAAAUGA